AUGAACAAGCAAAUUAGGAGGUUCAUAAUAGACGAAGGGACUGCAUACGAGCAAGUUGUAGAAUGCACUGAGAGGGGGUUCCCCGUCUUCAAUGGUAUUAGAAGAAAGAAACCUAGAAAAGAAUUAUCCAUGAAGAGUAUUAGCAGGCCCAUACCAAAACCAAUUAUAGAACUCCCAUUACCUAUAAUAGAUAAUUCUCUACUUCCUAAGAAGGUUGACGACCCUACAGAUAAAACAGAUUUUAUGAAUUUGUUAUCAUCCCAGUUACAUAGUGGAAAACUCUAUGACCCACUAGAAUUUACCUUAAUGAUUAAAGAUUCGUGGGCUUAUAACCUUAGUCCACCCGAGCUGAUAAACACGAAGUCAUCUCCGCCAAUACCAACAAUUGUUAUGCCAGUACCCAUAUAA